AUGAACAAGAAGGACGAGGUGUUCCAUCCAUAUAGGCUUCACUGCUUUUGCUAUGAUGUGUUGAAGGAUGCCACCAACAGGUUCAGUGGCAACAACUUCAUCGGCGAAGGUGGUUUCGGCGAUGUUUACAGGGGUUGGAUUAGCUAUCGCACCAUGAACGCGGCUAGACCAAAAAGCGGCCUGGCAAUCGCUGUCAAGAGGCUCCGGGACAAGGGACCACAAGGUCAAGAUGAAUGGCUGAAUGAAUUGAGAUUCUUGAGCAAAUUGAAUCAUCCGAAUAUUGUGAAGCUCAUAGGGUAUUGCAGCAACAACGAGCACCGAAUUGUAAGUUGGAGAAGAAGAGUCAAAAUCGCGAUCGGAGCUGCUAGAGGUUUGGAUCACCUUCAUUCACAAUCCAAGCCGGUCAUUCAUCGCGAUGUCAAAACCUCCAACAUUUUGCUUACUUCUCACUUCGACGCUAAGAUAUCGGACUUUGGCCUCGCCAAAUUCGGCCCUCAAGGCGAUCAGUCUCAUGUCUCAUCCAGACUUCUUGGCACGACAGGAUACUUCGCCCCGGAAUAUAUUGCCACAGGUCAUCUAACCCUAAAAACAGAUGUUUACAGCUUCGGAGUUGUUCUCCUGGAGAUCUUCACGGGCUCUAGGGCGAUAAGGAAACAUACCAAUGGGGCUGCCGUAACCCUCGUGCAAUGGGCGGAGCCCUACUUGAAGGACAAAGUGAAGUUGCAUCAUGUCAUGGACAGAAAGCUAAAGAGGAACUUCCCAAUGCAAGAAGCCCAGAAGUUUGCAGAAAUCAUCGUCAAGUGUCUUCAUUUGGACCCAACGAGUCGACCGACAAUGGCCGAGGUCGUAGCUCGACUAGAGGAAAUCCAGAGCGCGAGCAACCAUAACCAGCCAAACUCCGGCAUCUCUAGGCACCCUAGAAGGGGACUCCAAUCGUAAGGACUU